CAAAUUGUAGCCACCAGCAUCAGAAGUGGUGGGGCACAGAAGGGAGAAGCCUUUUUUUAUUUUUUCGGACUGUAAACAAUUGCACCAAGGACCGCCAACUGACGAUCUUGCAUUUGUAAUUACCCCGAUUUGCCUAAAAGAAUGAUUUGAUAAAAAAAGAGGACCGCUUUGAUUUUAAGGCAUUUUUUUAAAGACUUUACACACCUCUGUUUGCAUGCUGUUAUUCAGUAAGCAAUAUACAUGACCGUGCAUUCGCACAACACCUCGCCUCUUUAGGCUGGAAAAGCCCUUUUAUAUUUUUUUUAGCAUAACGUUAACAUUCUGCCUUCUUCAUAUAUUGUCUGCUCAGCUACAUUUGUUAGCGUGUCGGAGGGCGCAAAAAACAACAGGCACGGCGGACAAUUGCGAGGUUUGGAUGAGGCGUUUGAAUCCAGCCUUACCAGCGCAGCCUUUACGUGAACAAUUGCGAUAUUUUCAUAGGCAAUGCCAUCUUGCAAUGCAAACAUGGUGGCUUUUGGAUUGCUCUAUCUUGGAUUUUUCCUUACAGUGGAGGUUGUAGAUCUUACACCAGCCAUCGAACUUCCGAAGACAUGCAGUCCAAAACAGUUUGUCUGUAAAGACCAGGUAACCUGCAUCUCCAAAGGCUGGCGAUGUGAUGGAGAGAAAGACUGUCCCGACGGCUCUGAUGAGGCUGCAGAUAUCUGCCAUCACACCCAAGUGUCGCAGUGCCCUCCCAAUGAGUUUGAGUGUCGAGGAACAGAUGUGUGUAUUCACCUGAGUAAGCUGUGUGACGGCGUCCCAGACUGCACAGAUGGGCGUGAUGAAGGACCGCACUGUCGAGAGUUUGAUCAUAACUGCACCAUUAUGGGCUGUCAGUACAACUGCUCGAUCACAUUGUCAGGUCCCAAGUGCUACUGCAGAAACGGUUAUGAAGUUGGAGAGGAUGGGAAGAUGUGUAAAGAUUUUAAUGAGUGCGCUGUAUACGGGACGUGCAGUCAAACGUGCCACAACAGCGAAGGCUCCUACACCUGCAGCUGUGUGGAGGGCUACCUGCCUCAGCCAGACAACCGCUCCUGCAAGGCCAAGAACGACCCUGUAGAUCGACAUCCGUACCUCCUGAUAGCCAACUCCCAGAACAUCCAAGCCACCUCGCUGAGCGGAGCCAACCCCAUCUCCAUCAACACCAAGCAGACCACCGCCAUGGACUUCAUCUACGCCCAGGAGACCGUGUGCUGGAUUCACAUGGGUGACUCACCUGCUACCACCCAACUCAAGUGUGCCAAGUUCCCCAACGCCAAGAGCUUCACGGAGGAGAGGACCAUCAACAUCUCUCUCAGCCUGCAUCAUGUGGAGCAGAUGGCCAUCGACUGGCUGACAGGAAACUUCUACUUCGUGGAUGAUGUGGACGACCGUAUAUUUGUGUGCAGUAAAGAUGGCUCCACCUGUGUCAUCCUGCUCGACCUGGAACUUUAUAACCCAAAAGGAAUCGCACUGGACCCUGCAAUGGGGAAAAUGUUCUUCACAGACUACGGCCAGAUCCCGAAGGUGGAACGCUGUGACAUGGAUGGGCAGAACCGCACAAAGCUUGUCGACAGUAAAAUUGUUUUCCCUCAUGGCAUCACGCUGGAUCUGGUCAGCAGGCUGGUUUAUUGGGCUGACGCUUAUCUAGAUUACAUCGAGGUGGUGGAUUACGAGGGCAAGAACAGGCAGACCAUCAUUCAAGGGUUACUGAUAGAGCAUCUCUAUGGUCUUACAGUGUUUGAGAAUUAUCUGUACGCCACCAACUCUGACAAUGCCAACAUGCAGCCCAAGACCAGCGUGAUCAGAGUCAACCGUUUCAACAGCUCUGACUUCCAAGUGGUGACGCGUGUAGACAAGGGCGGGGCUCUUCACGUGUACCACCAGAGACGCCAGCCUGCAGUUCGCAGUCACGCCUGUGCUCUGGAUCAAUUCGGGAAACCUGGCGGCUGCUCUGAAAUCUGCCUGCUAAGUAACAGUCACAAGAGCCGAUCCUGUCGCUGCCGGUCCGGCUUCAGUCUGGGCAGUGAUGGAAAGUCUUGCAAGAAGCCCGAGCAUGAGCUCUUUCUGGUCUACGGUAAGGGUCGACCGGGCGUCAUCCGCGGCAUGGACAUGCAUGCCAGGGUGUAUGAUGAGCACAUCAUUCCCAUUGAAAACUUGAACAACCCAAGAGCACUGGACUUUCACGCUGAGACCGAAUUUAUCUAUUUCGCUGAUGCCACCAGUUACAUCAUCGGCCGGCAGAAGAUCGAUGGUACUGAGAGGGACAUCAUAGUGAAGGACGGUAUUCACACAGUAGAAGGUAUUGCUGUGGAUUGGAUGGGACAGAACUUGUAUUGGACUGAUGAUGGACCCAAAAAGACCAUCAGUGUAGCCAAACUAGAAAAAGCCUCUCAAACCCGCAAGACCCUUAUUGAAGGCGAUAUGACGCAUCCCAGAGCCAUAGUAGUGGACCCUGUUCAUGGAAUGAUGUACUGGAGUGACUGGGAGGAGGAGCCUAAGGAGCCCAAUCGCGGCAGUAUAAAGAAGGCCUGGAUGGAUGGAUCAAACGCCGGAGUCCUGUACACUUCUAAAACUGUGCUCUGGCCCAACGGACUGAGUCUGGAUAUCCACCAGGGCGCCCUGUACUGGGUAGAUGCGUACUAUGACCGGAUCGACAUGGUGCUUCUCAACAGCACCAACAAAACACAGUCCACGUUGGUUUAUCAGGGACAGGAGCUGAACCAUCCCUUUGGCCUCUGCCACUAUAAGAACUUCCUCUUCUGGAAUGAAUACCGUGGUGGUGGUAUCUACAAGCUGGACCAGAUCACCAAGAAAGUCACACUGCUACGCAAUGAACGACCACCAAUCUAUGAGAUUCGCACCUAUGACGCACAACAACAGCAAAUUACGGGCUCCAAUGUGUGCCGCGCCAAUAACGGUGGCUGCAGCAGUCUGUGUUUGCUUACGCCCACCGGGCGAUCCUGCGCCUGCGCAGACGACCAGAUACUAGAUGCUGACAACAAGACCUGCAAAGCGAACCCUUCCUACGUGCCGCCGCCUCAGUGCCAGCCUGGAGAAUUUGCCUGUAAGAAUAAUCGCUGUAUUCAGGAGCGCUGGAAGUGCGAUGGGGACAACGAUUGUCUGGAUAACAGCGACGAGGCUCCUGAGUUGUGCCACCAGCACACCUGUCCUGCGGACCGCUUUAAGUGCCAGAAUAACCGCUGUAUCCCCCUGCGCUGGCUCUGUGAUGGAGACAAUGACUGCGGCAAGGAUGAAGAUGAGUCUAACAGCACCUGCUCGGCACGCACAUGUCCUCCCAAUCAGUACCCAUGUGCCAGUGGCCGCUGUAUCCCAGUCUCCUGGACAUGUGACCUGGAUGAUGACUGUGGUGACCGCUCUGAUGAACCAGCAUCUUGUGCAUAUCCCACCUGCUUCCCCCUCACUCAGUUCACCUGUGCCAACGGGCGCUGCAUCAAUGUAAACUGGCGUUGUGACAAUGAUAAUGACUGUGGGGACAACAGCGACGAGGCCGGCUGCAGUCACUCGUGCUCCAGCGUGCAGUUUAAAUGCAACAGCGGUCGCUGCAUUCCCGAGUACUGGACCUGCGAUGGAGACAACGACUGUGGAGAUUACAGCGAUGAGACUCACGCUAAUUGCACCAAUCAGGCCACGCGGCCUCCCGGCGGCUGCCAUACGGAUGAGUUCCAGUGCGGAGUGGACAGCAUGUGUAUUCCCAUGCGUUGGCGCUGCGACGGAGACUCCGACUGCAUGGACCUCAGCGACGAGAAGAACUGCGAAGGCGUCACUCAUAUGUGCGACCCAGCCGUCAAGUUCGCCUGCAAGGACUCGGCUCGCUGUAUCAGUAAGGCCUGGGUGUGCGACGGGGACAGCGAUUGUGAAGAUAAUUCUGAUGAGGAGAACUGCGAAGCGCUCGUGUGCAAGCUGUCCCAUCACGUCUGUGCCAGCAACGACUCCAUCUGUCUACCUGCGGAGAAACUGUGUGACGGCAAGGACGACUGUCCCGAUGGAUCCGACGAGAAACUCUGCAACCUUUGCUCGGUUGAUAAUGGAGGCUGCAGCCACAACUGCACCAUCGCUCCUGGUGAGGGCGUACUGUGUUCCUGCCCGGCUGGCAUGGAGCUGGGUACCGACAACAAGACCUGCCAGAUUCAGAGCUUCUGCGCCAAGCAUCUGAAGUGCAGCCAGCGCUGCAUGCAGGAUAAAGCGACUGUCAAAUGUGCAUGCUACGAGGGCUGGGCGCUGGGGCCGGACGGCGAGAGCUGCAAAAGCACUGAUCCAUUCAAGCCUUUCAUCAUCUUCUCAAACCGACACGAGAUCCGACGAAUUGACUUAUACAAGGGAGAGUUCAGCGUGCUCGUGCCGGGUCUGAGGAACACCAUCGCUCUGGAUUUCCAUCUCAACCAUAGCGCCCUCUACUGGACUGACGUGGUAGAGGACAAGAUCUACAGAGGAAAGCUGUCUGAAAACGGAGCUCUCACCAGUUUUGAGGUGGUGAUUCAGUAUGGUUUGGCCACUCCCGAGGGGCUGGCUGUGGACUGGAUCGCAGGAAACAUCUACUGGGUGGAAAGUAACCUGGAUCAGAUAGAAGUAGCCAAGCUGGAUGGAACCAUGCGUACCACACUGCUUGCUGGAGAGGUGGAGCAUCCACGUGCCAUUGCUCUUGACCCAAGAGAUGGCAUUCUGUUCUGGACAGACUGGGAUGCCAGCUUGCCCAGGAUUGAGGCAGCCUCCAUGAGCGGGGAGGGCCGUCGCACCAUUCACAAAGAGACGGGGAACGGAGGAUGGCCCAACGGUCUCACCGUAGACUAUCUGGAACGCCGAAUCCUGUGGAUUGAUGCAAGAUCUGAUGCCAUCUACUCUGCUGCUUACGAUGGUUCCGGCCUAAUCGAGGUGCUCCGGGGUCACGAAUACUUAUCGCAUCCAUUCGCUGUCACUAUGUAUGGAGGGGAGGUCUACUGGACAGACUGGAGAACCAACACUUUGGCCAAAGCCAACAAAUGGACGGGACACAAUGUCACAGUGGUGCAGAGAACAAACACACAGCCUUUUGAUCUUCAAGUGUUCCAUCCAUCUAGACAACCUCAGGCUCCAAACCCGUGUGCGGCUAAUGACGGGAAGGGGCCGUGUUCUCACCUGUGCCUCAUCAACUACAACCAGACCUUCUCGUGUGCCUGCCCACACCUCAUGAAGCUCAAGGAAGACAAGCACACCUGCUACGAGUUCCGUCAGUUUUUGCUCUAUGCUCGUCAGAUUGAAAUCAGAGGAGUUGACAUUGAUAACCCCUAUUACAACUACAUCAUCUCUUUCACUGUUCCCGACAUCGACAACGUGACGGUGGUGGAUUAUGAUGCUCUUGAGCACCGUAUCUACUGGUCAGAUGUUCGUACACAGACCAUCAAACGAGCCUUCAUCAAUGGGACCGGAGUAGAGACUGUUUUGUUUGCUGACCUUCCAAAUGCUCAGGGUCUGGCUGUAGACUGGGUCUCCAGAAAUCUCUUCUGGACCAGCUAUGAUGCCAAUAAGAAGCAGAUCAAUGUUGCACGACUGGAUGGAUCCUUCAAAAAUGCAGUAAUCCACGGACUGGAUAAGCCUCACUCUUUGGUUCUACAUCCUAUUCUGGGAAAGCUGUACUGGAUCGAUGGAGACAACAUCAGCAUGGCCAACAUGGACGGCACCAACCGCACAUUACUUUAUUCCAAUCAGAAAGGCCCAGUGGGUCUGUCCAUAGAUUUUGAUACGGAGCAGCUGUACUGGAUCAACUCUGUAAACAGCACUAUUAAUCGCUGUAAGAUGGACGGCUCUGGCCUGGAGGUCAUCGAGGGUGUAAAGCUCACCAAAGCUACAGCACUUGCCAUCAUGGGUGAAAAACUGUGGUGGGCAGAUCAGGGCACGGAUCAGAUCGGCACAUGUGACAAGAGCGACGGAAGGAAUUGCAAGGUCCUUCGAAAUAACACCUCACCCAUGAUGCAUAUGAAGAUCUACAAUGAGACGGUGCAUCGACUAGGUACAAACCUCUGCAGUAAGAACAAUGGCGACUGCUCUCAGCUCUGCCUGCCAACUUCGCCAACUACAAGAGCUUGUAUGUGCACGGCGGGAUACAGCCUAAAGAGUGGACAACAGUCCUGUGAAGGCAUGGGUUCCUUUUUGCUCUACUCCGUGCACGAGGGCAUUCGUGGCAUCCCCCUGGACCCAUCCGAUAAGUCUGAUGCCCUUGUACCAGUGUCAGGCACCACUCUAGCUGUGGGCAUUGACUUCCAUGCUGAGAACGACACCAUCUACUGGGUUGAUAUGGGCCUGAGCACCAUUAGCCGAGCCAAGAGAGACCAGACGUGGAGAGAGGAUAUAGUGACCAAUGGAAUCGGACGUGUGGAGGGCAUCACCGUCGACUGGAUCGCAGGAAACAUCUACUGGACUGAUCAGGGCUUUGAUGUGAUUGAGGUGGCCAGACUCAAUGGCUCCUUCCGCUAUGUGGUCGUCUCUCAGGGUCUGGACAAACCACGUGCCAUCUCUGUCCAUCCAGAGCGAGGGUAUCUGUUCUGGACGGAGUGGGGUCAGUAUCCGCGUAUCGAAAGGUCUCGUCUGGACGGUACGGAGAGAAUAGUUCUCGUCAAUGUUAGUAUCAGUUGGCCCAAUGGAAUCUCCAUCGACUACCAGGAGGGCCUGCUGUAUUGGUGCGACGCUCGCAUGGACAAAAUCGAGCGGAUUAAUCUGGAGACCGGAGAAAACCGUGAGCUGGUGCUGCCAAACAAUAACAUGGACAUGUUUGCUGUGUCUGUGUUUGAAGAAUACAUCUACUGGAGCGACAGGACUCAUGCCAACGGCUCCAUCAAGAGAGGAAACAAGGACAAUGCCACGGAUAUGGUUUAUCUUAGAACAGGCAUCGGCGUUCAGCUCAAAGAUAUUAAAGUCUUCAAUCGUGCCAGGCAGCAAGGUACCAACGUCUGUAAAGUCAACAACGGUGGAUGUGAACAGCUGUGUUUGUACCGCGGUAACGGCAACCGUACUUGCGCCUGUGCUCAUGGCAUGCUGGCGGAAGACGGACGCAGUUGCAGAGACUACGAUGGCUACCUCCUGUACUCUGAGCGGACGAUACUGAAGAGCAUUCACCUGUCGGAUGAAACCAACCUCAAUGCCCCCAUCAAACCAUUUGAAGAUCCAGAGCACAUGAAGAAUGUGAUCGCUCUUACAUUUGACUACAGAGGCGGCGGGGGGAAGGGAGCCAACCGCAUCUUCCACAGCGACAUCCACUUCGGUAACAUCCAGCAGAUCAGUGACGAUGGAACCGACCGCAAGACCGUAGUAGAGAAUGUAGGAUCAGUAGAAGGUUUGGCUUAUCACCGAGGUUGGGACACACUUUACUGGACGAGCUACACCACCUCCACCAUCACACGUCACUCUGUGGACCAGAGCCGCUCUGGAGCUUUUGACAGAGAUACGGUGGUCACUAUGUCUGGAGAUGAUCACCCCAGAGCCUUCGUUCUCGAUGAGUGUCUAGAUCUGAUGUUCUGGACUAACUGGAAUGAACAGUCUCCCAGUAUCAUGCGGGCGUCUCUUUCUGGAGCCAAUGUUCUCGUGAUUAUCGGCAGUAACAUCCGCACUCCCAAUGGUCUGGCUAUAGACCACCGUGCCGAGAAACUGUACUUCUCCGAUGCCACGCUAGACAAGAUUGAGCGCUGCGAGUAUGACGGCAGUCUUCGCUUUGUGGUUCUGAAGAACGAACCGGUUCAUCCUUUCGGUUUGUCCGUGUAUGGUGAAUAUAUUUUCUGGACGGACUGGGUGCGUAGAGCUGUGCUCAGAGCAGAUAAAUACGGCAGAGACAUGAAAGUCCUUCGUGCUGACAUUCCACAACAGCCAAUGGGCAUCAUCGCUGUGGCCAAAGACACCAAUAGCUGUGAAUUUUCAGCAUGUCUCACCAAUAACGGAGGCUGUCAAGAUCUGUGUCUGCUCACCUCAGAGGGACGAGUCAACUGCAGCUGCCGCGGAGAUCGCAAGCUACUGGGAGACAACACCUGUGUCGCGGAAAACACCACCUGUAACAGCGUCGAUGAAUUUGAGUGUGGAAACGGCGACUGUAUCGACUACAGCCUGACCUGCGACAGUCUCGCACACUGCAAAGACAAGUCUGAUGAGAAGCAGUCUUACUGCUCUAACCGUAUGUGCAAGAAGGGCUACCGGCGCUGCAUCAACGGCCGCUGUAUCAAACACAGCUCCUGGUGCGACGGCACAGAUGACUGCGGCGACGGUUCCGACGAGCUGCCCUGCAACAUGACUCUGUGCGGUGCUGCCGAGUUUCAAUGCAAAGAUGGAUCCUGCAUUACGAACUCCAGUCGCUGCAACCAGGUUGUGGAGUGUGAGGAUGCCAGCGAUGAGAUGAACUGCAGCCCCACCGACUGCUCUAGUUACUACCUGCUCGGAGUGAAAGGCAUGACCUUCGAGAGGUGCGAGUUCACUACGCUCUGCUACGCUCCAUCCUGGCGCUGUGACGGCUCCAAUGACUGUGGUGAUUUCUCAGAUGAAAGAAACUGCCCAGAGAAGAGGAAGCUGAAAUGUCCAGUGAACUUCUUCGCGUGUCCGAGCGGGCGCUGUAUUCCCAUGAGCUGGACGUGUGAUAAAGAGAACGACUGUGAGAACGGAGCAGAUGAGAAACAUUGCGACAAGUUCUGUGCACCAAAUCAGUUUGAAUGUGCGAACCAUCGCUGUAUCUCUAAAUCGUGGAUGUGUGAUGGCACUGAUGACUGUGGCGAUGGGACAGAUGAAGACAGCAGAUGCAAGGCUAGAAAAUGCAGUCCGGAGGCGUUCCAGUGUCCCGGCACCAACAUUUGUAUUUCCCAGCGCUGGAAGUGUGACGGGGACAAAGACUGUCCUGACGGGGCGGAUGAGGGCAUUAAGGCUGGCUGUGUAUUGAACAAAACCUGUGACAGCUCUGAGUUCCAGUGUCAGAAUUAUCAGUGUAUUCCCAAGCACUUCCGCUGCGAUCACGAUGUUGACUGUCGCGAUGGCUCGGAUGAGUCGCCAGAGUGUGAAUAUCCCACUUGCGGGCCGCAUGAUUUCCGCUGUGCUAAUGGUCAGUGCCUGAAGCAGAAGAGCUGGGAAUGUGAUGGAGAGUUUGACUGUAGAGAUCAAUCAGACGAAGCCCCCAAGAACCCUCACUGCUCAGACUCAGAUAGGCGCUGUAAUGACACUGCUUUCCUGUGUUCGAACGGCAAGUGUUUGAACGAGACACUGCUGUGUGACGGCAACAAUGACUGCGGGGACGGCUCUGAUGAGCACAACUGCUUCGUUAAUGAAUGUCUUAACAGCAAACAGAGCGGCUGCUCGCAGCUUUGUGAGGACCUCAAGAUUGGCUUUAAGUGCCGCUGUCAUCCAGGUUUCCGCUUGAAGCAUGAUGGGAAGACGUGUGUGGAUGUGAACGAAUGCACCACCACGUACCCCUGUGCCCAGCGUUGUAUCAACACGCACGGUAGCUUCCAUUGUCUCUGUGUCGAGGGCUUUGUGCCACGCCCCGAUGAUCCCACCAGCUGCAAAUCUACUUCUGAAGAGGAGCCUGUACUCAUCUUCGCUAACCGAUACUACCUGCGAAAACUUAACUUGGACGGGUCAAACUACACAAUGAUUAAACAGGGGCUCAAUAACGCAGUGGCUCUAGACUAUCAUUACGCAGAGCAGAUGAUUUACUGGACGGAUGUUACCACACAGGGCAGCAUGAUCCGCCGUAUGAACAUCAACGGCAGUAACAUUCAGGUGCUUCACAGAACCUCUCUGAGUAACCCUGACGGUGUGGCUGUGGAUUGGGUCGGGGGAAACCUGUACUGGUGCGACAAGGGCAGGGACACGAUCGAGGUGUCUAAGCUAAACGGAGCUUAUAGAAGCGUGCUGGUCAACAGCGGCCUACGGGAGCCAAGAGCUGUGGCUGUGGAUGUGAGGAAUGGGUAUCUAUACUGGUCAGAUUGGGGUGAUGUGCCGCAUAUCGGCCGUAUUGGCAUGGACGGCACCAACCGCGAAAUCAUCAUUCAGGAUAAGAUCACGUGGCCCAACGGCUUGACGUUAGACUUCAUAAACGACCGCAUCUACUGGGCAGACGCUCGUGAGGACUACAUCGCUUUCGCCAGCCUUGACGGCUCCAACAGACACAUUGUCCUAAAUCAGGACAUCCCUCACAUCUUUGCCAUGACCCUGUUUGAGGAGUACAUCUACUGGACUGACUGGGAGACCAAGUCCAUCAACAGAGCUCACAAAACCCUGGGCACCAACAAGACCACGCUGAUCAGCACCCUGCACAGACCCAUGGACAUACACAUCUACCAUUCGUCCAGACAAUCUGAGGUGACGGAUCACCCGUGUCAGGUGGAUAACGGUGGCUGCAGUAACCUGUGUCUGCUCUCACCCGGAGGAGGCUACAAGUGUGCCUGUCCUACAAACUUCUACCUGGCCGCUGAUGGAAAACAAUGCCUGUCCAACUGUACGGCCAGCCAGUUUGUCUGUAAGAAUGAUAAGUGCAUUCCCUUCUGGUGGAAGUGUGACACUGAGGAUGACUGUGGAGAUCGCUCGGAUGAGCCUACUGAUUGUCCGGAGUUUAAAUGCAGACCUGGCCAGUUCCAAUGCGGCACGGGUCUCUGUACCAACCCGGCUUACAUCUGUGAUGGAGACAACGAUUGCCAGGACAAUUCUGAUGAAGCCAACUGUGACAUCCAUGUUUGUCUGCCCAGUCAGUUUAAGUGUUCUCAUCCCAGUCGCUGUAUUCCUGGAAUCUUGCGCUGUAACGGUCAGAACAACUGCGGCCAGGGAGAAGAUGAGAAGGACUGUCCUGAGGUGACCUGCGCUCCCAACCAGUUCCAGUGUGCCAUCACUAAACGCUGCAUACCGCGUGUGUGGGUCUGCGAUAGAGACUACGAUUGCGUAGAUGGUUCAGACGAACCGGCCAAUUGCACCCAGAUGAAGUGUGGCGUGGACGAGUUUCGCUGUAAGGACUCGGGACGCUGCAUCCCGUCUCGUUGGAUGUGUGAUGGAGAGGACGAUUGCGGCGAUGCAUCGGAUGAGCCCAAAGAGGAGUGUGAUGAGAGAACAUGCGAGCCAUAUCAAUUCCGCUGUAAGAACAACCGCUGCGUGCCCGGCCGCUGGCAGUGUGACUAUGAUAAUGACUGUGGGGAUAAUUCAGACGAGGAGAAGUGUGUGCCCCGUCAGUGUUCAGAAAGUGAGUUCGCCUGCACAAAUGGACGUUGUAUUGCUGGAAGGUGGAAGUGUGAUGGAGAUCACGACUGCUCAGACGGAUCUGAUGAGCAUGGCUGUGAACUGAAGUGUGAUGAGGAUCAGUUCCAGUGUAAGAACGGUCAUUGCAUCUCUCUGCGCUGGCGCUGUGAUGCUGAUGCUGACUGCAUCGAUGGCAGCGAUGAGGAAGGUUGCGACAUUUCCGUGGUGCGACACUGCCCCCAUGAUGAGUACCAGUGUAAUAACACAUUGUGUAAGCCUCUGUCCUGGAAGUGUGAUGGAGAGGACGACUGCGGAGACAACUCUGAUGAGAACCCUGACGAGUGCAAGAACUUCACAUGCCCACCCACGAGAAAUUUCCGUUGUCAAAAUAACCGCGUGUGUCUCUGGAGUGGCAAGCGCUGUGAUGGCGUGGACAACUGCGGUGACAAUUCAGAUGAGCUCAACUGCGAAGUGCACACGUCCACAUGCGAUAAAGACCAGUUCCAGUGCAGCAACGGCAAAUGCAUCAGCUCCAACCUGCGCUGCAACUUCUUCGAAGACUGUGAGGAUUACGGCUCAGAUGAGAUCGGAUGCAAGACAGACACCAUGCUGAAUGACUGUAAGAGUAAUAAAUCUCUGUGUGGAGAUGGCGAUGAAGCUCACUGUGUAGUCAACGGCACAGACACAUUUUGCUCCUGUAAACCAGGCUUCCAGAGCGUCAGACACAACAUCUGUGAAGAUAAGAAUGAAUGCAAACAGUUUGGCAUAUGUUCUCAUAUGUGCAACAACACCAAGGGCUCUUACAAGUGCAGCUGCCACAAGUACUUCAGCAGGAUCAACAACACAUGCAAAGCUGACAGUUUGAACAUCAACAAGCAGGUGCUCUACAUCGCAGACGACAAUGAGAUCCGCAGUCUCACUGGAAUGCCGAACUGGUUUUACGAGCAGACCUUCCAGGGCGACGCCAACGUACGCAUCGACACUAUGGAUCUGCACGUCAAGACCAAUCGCAUUUUCUGGACCAACUGGCACACCUCCAACAUCUCCUGCUACCAGCUGCCGUCUCCAUCUUCAUCAUCAGGUCCCUCUUCAAACUCACACCGUAACAAGAGGCAAAGCGAGGGGACCGUCACCAACCUUGAUAUUCCAGGAUUAAAGAUGCCGCGUGGCAUCGCCGUGGACUGGGUGGCCGGUAACCUCUACUGGACCGAUUCGGGUCGUGAUGUCAUCGAGGUUGCUCAGAUUUCAGGCCAGCACAGGAAGACGCUGAUCUCUGGCAUGAUCGAUGAGCCUUACGCUAUAGUAGUGGAUCCACAGUGAGGAACUAUGUACUGGACAGACUGGGGAAAUCACCCAAAGAUUGAGACCGCAUCCAUGGACGGGACUCUCAGACAAACUCUGGUCCAUGAGAACAUCCAAUGGCCUACA